AUGUCCCUCCUUCACAACGAGGAUUUCGCCGUAUACCAGCUCCGGGUGGGCUACAUCAAUCAGAUCCACGAUGGAGUCGGCGAACGAUUGAUCAGUAUCAACGCGGCCGUGUUGAACAAUCCAGCCUUUCGCACGGCGGGCUGGCAACCAGACACAGCGGCCAUUAAGCGCUGCUACUCACCUCCAAUUCCCACCGGCACUUCGGACUUCAGCAAUGAAUACUUUCAGCGUCCCCGACAGCGAGCAGCAAGGGGAGGAGGAGGAGGGGUGGAGGAGGAUGGAGUGGGGGGAAUGGUCACGGGCCAAGGCAGUGAGGAUACUCUGGGGCCUACGGGACUGACGAACGAUCGAAAACGCGAGCGGAGGCGGCGGAAAGAGCAGGUCGACGAGGACGACAGCUCCGAUUUGAGUGACGAGAGUGACGAGGAGGAAGCUGGACCGGCACAGAGCAUCAAAUUCAGCAAGAUGCCGGUGAGACGACGGGCACAAUCAUCGCCGCGCACCACCAACAAGGUCGAGUUUGACCUGGACGAGGAGAGUGGAGGACCGGCAUUGAUGGUGACGAGUCCCUCACGCCCUCCUGACCCUGCCAUCCACCUCCAACGCCUCCGCAGUGGCAGUGGCGGGGCGGUCGAGGCGAUUAAACAGCGAGCGAGACGAGACACGGCCACCUCAUCGGAAAUGUCGAGUGAGAAUGAGGCGGCCCCUGCAGGGUUGAAGCGGAAACUGCAGGGCCGUCCGGGCAAGGGCCCCAGUAUGUUGGCUCUGGAGGAUGAUAUCCAGGAGGAGCAAUCCGACCUGGAUGAUGAUGAUCUGGAUGUGGGAGAGGCGUCGGAUUUGAGUGAUUUCGAAGGAACAAACGACUCCCCUUCCAUGCUGGUUGGCAUGCCGUCCACUUCUCCCGUCAGACCUCCUCCUGACAUGCUACCCGCCAUUUCUGCCAGCACCAGCAAUUCACCGAGGAAGAUCAAGGACGCCCUCCCUCGACUGCCCAAGUUGCCGCCCGGUCAGCGUCCGAUGAGCAUCGCCCAGCCGCAGUCGAUGAUCAGUCUGAUGCUCAAAGGCACCCCGUCCGCCGCGGACGAUAAGCCAUUCCAACGCUUCGCCGUGCUUUCUGGCAAAGAUGAGCCUAAUCCACUGUGGAUCAAAAUAUACGCCCCUUUCUCUGAGAACCCCACCAAAGCGAUUGAAGUCCCGCUCCGUCGUACAAAAGACGACCGUCCCAUCACUGUCGCCGAACUCAUCGGGCUGUCCCUGUGGAGGUACGUGGAGGAAGACUUCAAACCUGCUCUCAAACCGGAUGAAGGAAACAUCAACCAUUGGACUCUACGCAUCGUGGAAGAUGAAGAAAUUGACUACGACUUCCCAGCUCUGGUCCGCACUCGACCUGUAGUAGACUUCACCUCGAACAACAACCGUCCACCGCAGAGACGAGCUCGUGACAAGCCUUGGGACGAAUUUGGCCUAGUGAAAGCGACGCCGGAGCAAUUCAAGGAGAAUGAGCAGCUCACUCCACAAUUAGGUGAAGCUGCUUCCACACCCCUUUCCACGCCUCGCACAGAAAUGCCACCCCCGAAGAUGCCUCCGAUGCUUUCGCAAAGAUCAACUUCAAAUACUCAAAAUGGUCCACCGCUCCCGUCCUUUAAUCCCGCCCGUAAUCCCAUCACCGGUCCCUCGUUCGCUCCCAGUGCACUGCGGAAAGAAAGUUCCGCUCGUUUGGAUCUCCCGCAACCUUCUGGGCGAAGUGGUGCUGCAAAGACAGGCGCUCCCCGAACCGUUCAAGUGUACCACACAGAUCUCCAGACCUUCUCCACCCGAACUGAAAACUGUGACACCACCACAGAUUCCUACAUUGCCGAGAUCUUCGAGCAAAGCUGCAACCGCCUGGGUUUGGAACGUGCGUUAUACGUCCUCAAAGUCCACGGGACACAAACCGUUGCUCCUCCCGAUCGCACAAUCGAAGCCCUUGGAGAGAGAUUAGAGCUGGACCUCGUGCAACGCCGUUUCCCAGGAACAGGAAUGGGGCUGAGUGGUAGUCCAGGAAGCUCCUCGCCCAACGCACCCUUGGAGCUCACUCCCUCCAGCGCCACUCCCGGCKGCCAACAAGUGGGCAAGCGAAAGGGAGGCGGCAUGAAAGGUUUCAUGCACCCUCUCGCUGCGCAACAAAAUCGCCAUCAAAACUCCUCCACUAUCAACCUCGGAAUGGGCCAGGAGGGAAAGCGCUACCACGUUUUGAGGAAACAACCCUUGUCUUUCGCUGCUACACAUCCUCGAACAUUAAUCAUCACGCCUGAGUACAUGACUAUUAUGCCUGCGGGCGGUGAAGUGGGAAUGACAGGGAAAGUCACGAAUGUUCCAAUGAGUUCUGUGAUUGGGGCGAAGGUUAGUAGGAAACAUCCGAAGAUGGUCAGGAUAUUGGUGUUCAGGGAGGAGGGUGCUAAAAGGUAUGAUUUUGAGGCUGGGAGUAAAGGGGAGGCGGAGGAGGUUGUCGCAGAUGUUCGGAGGGGGAUGAGUGCUUUUGAGGGUCUGUGA